AGCUUCAUCAAACAAACACGGACCACUCGACAUGAAAACCAGGAAGUAGCUUUUCUACUCGCUCCUCUGCUUUGAAAGAUGGAGAAAAUUACAGGCGAGCCCCGUCAAAAAACAUUCACCUGCCAGUUGUGUGAUUUAAGCAGCCCUUAUACUUACUACGGCCAGAAACCACCAAACACCAGAGCCAUUGUGUUGCUAGAAGAGUGUUUUGUGACCCAGGACCCCUUCAGUCCGGACAAGGAAAAGUUCCUUGUUCUGGGUUCAACCUGCAGCCUGUGCAGCAAGUGUGUCUGUGUUGGACCGGACUGCAGUCUGUUUUACACCAAGAGGUUCUGCAUGCAGUGUGUGAACAAACACUUGGACCAGUUCCCAAAUCAGAUUCAGUCCGAGCUGGCAAAGAAGAAGCAGGGCUCCAAGGCCGCCGUCUCGUGACAUGGUACAAGAGGUCCAUAACACGCUCACCAACAGAAAUGUUUGUCAUUUAAACGUGUCAAGCUGCUUUACCGGCACUCUUUUACCACAUCCAUAUUGGAAACAAACUGCAAAAACACCAUAUAAAAAUAGAAAACAUCCUGUAAUUUAUGAGCACAGCUUUCAUUUUAGUGGAAAAUUAACACCAUACAUCAGAAAAAUAAUAGUUUAUACUUGUUUCCAGAUGCUGUAUUAGCCUCCAGGGUGUUAUUUGUUUCUAGAGAGUUUCGUUUAAGCAAGCAGUGGGUGUGACUAGUACUGCUGGACCCCUGAUGGAUUGUGGUUGCAGGCUCGGAAACAGCCCUGCUGGUUUGCAGCAGUUAAAAAUCUGACAUCAUGUACUGUUUGUGCAUAGUUGCCCUGCAGUUGCUCUAAAAUUUCUGUCAAAAACAAAACAAAACAAAAAAACAAAAGAAAACUGUUAAACUUAUUGCAAAAAUAUGAUCAUUUAAUUCUGCAUUGGUCAAUUUAGCUCAUUGCUUGUUCAGCCAAAAUUCAGCAACUAUCCCGGGCUUCUUCCAACCUAUUUUACAAUAUUAUUAUAGCAAUGUAUGACUCAAAAGAAGCUGUGGAAGCAAUAGCAUUUUCCGACACCAGUUCCAGAGCAGGUUAAAAAAAAAAUCAAGUUUAUGUAUCUUACAAUUAAAAACAUUAAUAAGUUGCCUUUGAGCUUGUUAAAUGAUGUCAGUUGUGCGGUGUUUUUUAAAGAGGGAAGUCCACUUUUAUGACUUUUCAGCAACAUAUGGUAACAUUAAUAUUUAUACGACUUAUUACCUCUAACUAUGGACAUGUUUUUGUUGACAUGACGCAUCCGUUUUAUGAGUGCAUUGGUGUUAUCCCUCCCAACUCUGCAUCCAUGGUCAGAGGUGCACUGACGACUUCUGUGGAGUCAAAAAAAAAAAAAAAAAAAGUUUCUGUGUAAUCUUAAACUAUAAAAAAAAGAUACAUUCAUUGACCUUUCUCUGUUUUCUGACUGUUUAAUUAUGGAUUAUAAUUAAUGUGUAACAAGGACCCGCCACAGUUGCAUCAUCCCACUUGGUAACAUUUAGCCGUGUCGAACAGUAACUUCGUUUUCAAAAUACACACUUUACAGAAUCAAACCUGACCUCAGACAAAAUGUUCUCUCGCCUCCUCUCUGGCUUGCUUGUUUAAUCAAAAUCUGUUUGUAUCACAGGGAUCACUCUGUACAACACCACGCACAGUUUGCAGCAGCAUAAACACAUUAUGGAUUAAGUGUGAUCCAGGCGAUAACAUCAAUAUAACAGAUGGCCUCGCUGUGUUCAUCACGAGGUGUUUGACGUUUCGAGGGUUAAUUGAAACAGCAUGGCCUUUAAGGCAGGCCCAGUGUUUUUUUUUUUUUUUUAUGCUGAGGAGGAAUGCAGAGCGACAUUUGCUGUAGAGUUUAAGUUGGGACAUUGUGAACUCCUGGGCACAAGGAGUGCUUACUUUUGCCGAUGCAUUCACUCAAUUAUUCCAGGAGCCCUGAGAUGUACAGAAAAUAAACUCGAUAACUUAAGCCGUGGCAUGAACGCUGAUUAAAAUCUACAGUCAGGGAGAUGCAAACUGAGAAGCCUCCAGAGGCAAACGGUGCUGAAUUUCAAUGACUUUAUUUAUUUAUUUUAAAGCUGCAGCACUUUCUGUUUCCUCUGUGUUUAAAUUCCAAGCACACGCACGCAAUUACAACCAGUGACACACACUAACCACCUCUGUGGCACCAGUGGCAAAGUCUGACGGCGAUAGGCACCUUGCCAACGAUGACGGAAGGCUUUCUUCCCCAGAGAGGUGAUGUCAUCCGAUGCCAGGAGGCAGAUUUGUGGCUUUCUUUUUUUUUUUUAUUGUUCUUUUGCAUAAAACCUCAUUUUAAUGCGUUAUUGUCAAUGAAUCGCCUUGAAGCAGUAACUGAAUGGAUUAACACUGAUUGAAUCAAGUGUGCCUAAACCGCUUAUGUGUCACCAAAUCAGAUCAAGCGGUGAUAUCUGUCAGCACUCGUCACAUCGUUCGAUAAUUGAUUCCUGUGAUAGUACUUGUAUUACCGGCCUGAAGCAAGACCUCCGAGUAGCGCUCCUUCAAGGAGAUAAAGCUGCUUGUGUUGUUUUCUUAUCAUGUGUUGUUUUAUUCAGGACAUCUUACAGUGCAUGAACACAGAGUACAAGACACCUAAUGAGAUCAAAUGAUAUCUUUCACCUGUAGGUGUACAGUUAAAGGGUUAGUUCAGAUUGUCUUUAGUCAGCACGCCCCCAGUUUGGAGAAGCAGGCUGAAGUCUGACACAGAAGCUGAGCAAUGCACCGCUGCGGAUUGGGUCAGAAACAAAAUGUAUUUUAGCCAUCUAACAAAAGGUCAAGGGUUUCCACGGUCAUGGAAAACCUGUAAAAGUCAUGAAAUUUCACAAUCACAUUUUCCAGGUCUGGAAAAAGUGGUGGAAUUACUAAAAUAUUUUGGAAAAGUCAUUGAAUUUGCUUGUGUGCAAUGAAAUUGUUUCACAAAUCUUCCACCACAUUUUGUAACAUGACAGCAGAUUUAUUUUCUGCAACUGACGUUAUUGUUUACCAUCACGUACGUUCCCUCGUUUCCUUUCUACAUAACGUAACUUCUAGCUGAAAUUAUGUUUAAAUAAAGUCUGAAUCUGA